GUGCUACGUAGUAUACAUUAUUUAUUCAAUUAAAUUGAGUAAUUUAAAAGAAAAAUAAUAACAUUUCUGUAAUAGAAACUUUUGCUUAUCAAAUGUGUCUGUGUAGAAGAGUUUGUAGCAACGAGAGUGAAAGGUUUACCAAUCAUGUCCUUUCAAUGUUACCAACUACGUUACGUAUAUAAGUUCUUACUACGCUGACAAACUGUUUAUGAAGGUUUUUCUGCGGCUGAAGCAAAUUUGUAGUUUUUUAAUAAAUUACAUCGCAUACUGUUGACACAAAUUCCAAGUACAUUUGAAAAAUUCGGUGUAAAAUCCCUAUGCACCCUGCAAAGUUUGUUCAAUAAGAAGAAAAAGCAAAAAGGAAACAAUCGGUUAAGUGAAAAUAAAUUGUUGAAAGAGCCACUGCUUUGGAGUAUUUACUUUUAUUUACGUACUUCUUCCGCUGAAAGUCACAUAGACUGUGUUCUUUCAGUGACAGUGUACUUUAGUCAAUUAUCAAUUUAUGAAAUUAAAGUGCAAUAUUAUAUUGCAAAAAUUACUUUAUUAUCUUAAAUUUUAGAUGAUGAUCGAUAAGUUUAAUAUCUUAAUGAAGAUCGGACAUUACGAAACUCUAUGAAUAUUAAAAGCAUUCAAAUGGCGUAAUUAUGAGUCAUCAUUUAUUGCAUAACUCCUACAAAAAACAAUAAAAGAGUUUUUUCUUGCGCUACUCAUUAUAGCAAUUAAUUUUCAGAUAAAAUCGCAUAAGGUUUAAAUUUCUUCAAUUUUAUAUUACAAUAAUCGGAAUAGGUGCAGUGUAAAACAUUCCACCACAUAGUAUGGCCUCGGUCGCCGCUUGGCUGCCAUUUGCACGGGCGGCGGCCAUCGGUUGGGUUCCAAUUGCUACACACCCAUUACCGCCUCCACCCAUACCAAAAGACCGUCGCAAAACUGACGAUGAAAAGCUUUUAAUUAAUGUUUCUGGACGUCGUUUUGAAACGUGGCGAAAUACGCUUGAAAAGUAUCCGGAUACGUUACUGGGAUCUAAUGAACGUGAGUUCUUUUACGACGAGGAUUGUAAAGAAUAUUUCUUUGAUAGAGAUCCAGAUAUUUUUCGUCAUAUACUCAACUAUUAUCGCACGGGAAAACUUCAUUAUCCUAAACAUGAAUGCCUCACAAGUUACGAUGAAGAAUUGGCAUUCUUUGGUAUUAUGCCUGAUGUAAUUGGGGAUUGUUGUUAUGAAGAUUACCGUGAUCGAAAGCGGGAGAAUGCCGAACGAUUGAUGGAUGACAAAUUGUCAGAAAACGGUGAUCAGAAUUUGCAACAGUUAACAAAUAUACGUCAAAAAAUGUGGCGCGCAUUUGAAAAUCCGCACACUUCAACAGCGGCUUUGGUUUUUUACUAUGUAACAGGAUUUUUUAUCGCAGUCUCUGUAAUGGCCAAUGUUGUAGAGACAGUUCCAUGUGGUCAUAGACCCGGACGAGCCGGUACUCUGCCGUGUGGUGAACGUUAUAAAAUCGUAUUUUUCUGCCUCGACACCGCCUGCGUCAUGAUAUUUACCGCAGAAUAUUUGUUACGUCUAUUUGCUGCACCCGACCGCUGCAAAUUUGUGCGCAGCGUAAUGAGUAUUAUUGAUGUUGUUGCUAUACUGCCAUAUUAUAUUGGAUUGGGCAUUACUGAUAACGAUGACGUGAGUGGAGCCUUUGUGACGUUACGUGUCUUCCGUGUUUUUCGAAUUUUCAAAUUCUCACGGCAUUCACAAGGCCUACGGAUACUUGGCUACACAUUAAAGUCAUGUGCUUCAGAAUUGGGAUUUCUGGUAUUCUCACUGGCAAUGGCGAUUAUCAUAUUUGCAACGGUUAUGUUUUAUGCUGAAAAGAACGUCAACGGGACGAAUUUCACAUCUAUUCCGGCUGCUUUCUGGUACACUAUAGUAACAAUGACAACACUGGGUUAUGGUGACAUGGUGCCUGAAACUAUUGCUGGAAAAAUUGUUGGUGGCGUUUGUUCUCUCAGUGGAGUUCUUGUGAUCGCUUUACCUGUUCCAGUUAUUGUUUCAAACUUUAGUAGAAUAUAUCAUCAGAACCAGAGAGCUGAUAAACGAAAAGCACAGCGGAAAGCCCGUUUGGCUAGAAUAAGAAUUGCUAAGGCAUCUUCGGGUGCGGCAUUUGUUAGUAAGAAGAAAGCUGCAGAAGCUCGUUGGGCCGCACAAGAGUCAGGAAUUGAAUUGGACGAUAACUAUAGGGAUGAGGACAUAUUCGAACUGCAACACCAUCAUCUUUUGCGAUGUCUUGAGAAAACAACUGAUCGCGAAUUUGUUGAGCUUGAAAUACCGUACAAUGGUCAACCGAAGCGUACUGGUUCUCCAUCGCCGAUGGCUAGUCCUGCUCAUUCAACGAAUAGUGCUGUUGGCUUAAUGCAAUCAUGUUGCGGCCGAUGCUGUUCUCAACGUUAUCAGGCUUGCGGAAAGUAUAUGCCGGCUUCAGGCAAUGCUCAAAACAAUGAAAACAACCAGCCAAUGGACGGUACAUACCUGGUGGAAGCUUCCUUUUAAUGCGUAAUAUUCUUAUUUACUGCAAGUUAAAUGGACAUUGAAGACAACCAACUUACUCCCAAGACUGUGAAGUCCGCGAUUGCUGCACCUAGAACAUAAGCUCCACCCAUCGCCGCACCAAGGACACGAAGAGUCUUGCGUCCGCCAAGGCAAUCACCUGUUGCAACAUCUAGGGAUACAUAAGAAGAUACAUUUGAAGAAAAUUUGCCUCCCCGAUGCAGCUUAUGCCAUCGACCCCACGUUCUGAAGAGGUGCACUAUCUUCAAAAGCAUGAAACCAGCUCAACGCCAACAGAUCGCCCGCGCACACGGACAUUGCAUGAAUUGCUUGGCAGACUCCCACACAACAUUCGAAUGUCCAACCGACGGGUCAUGUCAAUACUGUCAACGCCCUCAUCAUACCCUGUUUCAUCGGUUCCCUCGCCGAGUCAAUCCACCAGCAAUUCACACAAAUAAUAGACACAGACAAGACGAGGAUCCUAUCCAGCGCCGAAGAGUGCAUCAUUCCAAGCGCACCAGGGGAGCGCACUCACGACCACCUGCCCCAAACUACGGUCAUCGUAACCAACAACGCAAACCAACUGGGCUGAACGCCGUAGUGAGCACUCUGCAACGGUUGCAAAGACUUCUAGGCGAUUAAUCCGCCUAGGGGGGCCGGGAUGUUUAUGCGACCUCUCAUCUUGUGAUAUUUUGCUACGCCGCACAUAUCAUCCUGGCAGCACUCAUCGCACAAAACCCACACACAACACAACAAAAGGUCAUACCACCCAAUGCAACCCAACAUGUCAUCCACACAACCACAGCUACACAUCAUACCAACCACACUACACACCAACACA